AUGAAGGAUUACAAUCACCAUAACAGGAAGCAGUGUCUGAUCUGCCCACGUGUGCAAGAGACAACUCCCUGCGUCAACUGCAAAUGUUCCCAUUACUGCAGCAAGGAAUGUCAAGUGGUCGAUCUGCCUGUUCACCGUACCAUCUGCAAGUCGUUCGCACAGUUCAAGACCAAACCCAACCAAACCGUGCGCCGCGCUAUCUACUUCCCAGUUGACCGCCCCAACCCCGAAUUCGUGUGGAUGAAGAUGGAUGAGCAAUAUGAUUACACUCAACCUGACCUUGUCGCGAUGCGAAAGUCUUUUUUGGCAGAUUCGAAAGACUACAUGUGGCCAAUUCAUCUCGAAGCAGAUUAUGCCCGUAUGAUGAAGAUCUAUCCUCAUAUCAUACUCGGCUGUAGCUCGAAAGCACCCUCCCUGGAUGAGCCGGUUAACCAAAGCAUUACAACUUUGCUUGGCAAGGAGGGUCAUGGUGUGAGAGGCUCAUUCAUCGCUUAUGGCCAGAUCAAGCUGAAAAACGAAGAUGGCCAGAAGUAUCCUGUUGUCACAGAUCUUGACACGACCGACCUUACCAUCAUCACCAACUACUUUCUGGGACGUCACAGGUACGAUGGAGCGGAAAUGGACGCCGUGCGCAUCUACAGCAACCGUAACAGCAGACUCGGUCACCGCUUCAAUGCUAACACCAUCAUAUCCACCAAGGAACUCUGCCAUGGUGACCUCGGUCUUUUCUCUCCGAUCUCCAUCUUCUUUGGUAUGCCACUUGCUGUCAUGUACCGGCUUCCCCUGGGAGAUAAACAGCCCGACACCCCGAAGAUUCGCGAGGCAAUUGAGAAAAUCCGCGCAGAGCUGCCUCCAGAUUCGGGCAACAGGCUGGCAUCGCUCCUCAUGAUCGACAUGGGCAAUCGCAAAGGUGCUGUUGCCCAAGACUUUGGCACAAUCCCUGCUAAAUAUCUUGACCAGCUAGGAGACGCUAUCGUCGUCCGCAAGGAUCAGAAGCCACUGGACCCAGCUUACUUGGAGGCUUUCUGCACUUGGAUCGAAGAAGAUCUGCUCCCAAAGUUCACCGAUGCCCAUGAGCAGAUCAUGUACUCGUUGGCUACUGAGUAUGAUGAAGAGAGUCAAGAGGCUAGGGAGCAAGGCAUUGCACUACUCAAGCUGAGAGACAAGAUGUACGAUCGUUGUUCGAGAAAGAGGUUCCGCGCUUGGUGCAAGGAGAAGGGUCUCCACUUGGGUGCUCUGUGA